AUGGCUAUUAAUUUAAAUAAAAAUCGUACCGAGUUAUUAGCAGCUUGGAAUGAUGUUUUAAAUGAUAAAACUCAAACAAAUUGGGCAUUAUUCGGAUAUGAAGGAUUGUCGAAUGAUUUGAAAGUUGUUAGCAAAGGAUGUGAUGGUAUCGAAGAAAUGACUGAAGAUCUUAACAGCGGUCAAAUAAUGUAUGCAUUUCUUAAAGUUAUGGAUCCUAAAACUAGUCUUCCAAAAAAUGUUUUGAUCAAUUGGCAAGGUGAAGGAGCACCGAAUGUUCGUAAAGGCACUUGUGCAAAUCAUGUUAGGGAUGUUGGUAAUUUUUUCAAAGGAGCUCAUGUAACGAUUAAUGCUAGAACUGAAGAGGAAGUAGAUUCACAAAUUAUUAUCGAUAGAGUAUCAAAAUCUACAGGAUCUGCAUAUAGUUUUAAAGAAAGAAUAGAUCAUGAUCAAGUAACGGGGCCUGUGGGUACUUCGUAUAAAAGAGUUAUACCUAAGCAAGAAAUUAAUUCAGCGGAAAGAGAUAAAUUUUGGGAGAAGGAAGAACAAGAAGAAAGGCAGAGACAAGAAGAAGAAAGGAUUAGAAAAGAAAUGGAAAGGAAAAAAUUGGAGGAUGAAAGAAAACGAAUAGAAACGGAAGAAGCGGCUAAAAGAGAAGAAAAAAUGAUCGAACGAAAUCGAUGCAUUAAUCAAAUACGAGAAGCCGAGAGAAUAAACGAGGUAACCGAAGAAUUAAGUCGUCAAAAAUUAUUAGAAGAUUCGGAAAAGGAAGAAAAAGAAAGACGUGAGAGAGCUGAAGUUUUACGUCGUCAAAGGAGUCAAGAAGCUCAACAGUUGAUAGCUAAAAGAACCAUCGAUGCUAGAGCCGUAUUCGAACAAAAUACUUGCGCUAUGCAAAUGAACAGGAGAAGAGCAAGUAGUUAUCACGUGAACGGAGUAAGAAAAGAAGAAGAAGACACGUGCAAAACGUCAUCAGAAAAAAUUUCAAAUGAUGAGAAAAUCGUAACGAAUUCGAUUAGAAAAGGUUCAUUGCCGACGUGGCUUUCGGGAUCAUCCGAUACUAAAACGGAUAAUAAUGUCAAUUCGAUGGAGAAUAACGUUACUGUCGUGAACACCGAGGAAAACAAUGGUGAUGAUGUAAAAGAAAUAGAAAAACCGGUCGUCAUACAAGAGGAACAAGAAUGGGAAGUGAAACAAGAAGCACCCGUAGAAUAUUUAGAACACGAUAAAAGCGAAAUGGACGCGAAAAGCAAUAUGGAUAAUAAAAAUAACGAGUCUGACAAUCAGUUUAUCAAUAAUGGAGAAUAUGGACUUACCGCUCGAGCUCUCUACGAUUACCAAGCAGAUGACGAAACGGAAAUAUCUUUCGAUCCAGGAGAUAUAAUAACACACAUAGAUCAAAUCGAUGAAGGAUGGUGGCAAGGUCUCGGACCUCAUGGAGUUUUCGGUUUAUUUCCUGCUAAUUACGUCGAACUCAUAAAAUGA